AUGGCGCCGUCACAUUUGAUUUCUUCAGUAACCAAUGGUGAUGAAGAGAGUAUUGAGAAAGUGCAGGUGGUAUACCAAAGCCUUGCACCGCAGCUCGCUAAUCCUUCUCCCCUAGCAAUGGGCGGCUUUGCAACAAGUCUCCUUACCGUUUCUCUUGCGAUGAUGGGCUUCCGAGGCGUUUCAAAUCAGACCGUUUUCGUCGGAGACCUAUGCUUCGUCGCCUGCGUUGCACUGCUUAUAUCAGCUCAGUGGGAGAUGGUCCGUGGUAAUACCUUUUCGUAUACAGUACUGAGUGCGUUUGGUCUUUUUUACGGUGGUUAUGGCAUGAUAAUGAUACCUUCAUGGGGUGUUGUUGAUGCAUUUGGUGGCUAUACGCCUGAAUUUUAUAAUGCAAUGGGGUUUUUUAUUCUAAUUUGGGCUGUUCUAAAUAUCUUUUUCCUUAUUGCAAGCGUUGCCUUUAAUUUUAUAUACAUUUGUAUAUUUAUCACAAUCGAAGUUUGCUUUACUCUAGAUGCAAGCUCGUACUUUGCACUUGCAGAUGGGAAUACGACAUUGUUCACUGCACUUCAGAAAGGCGCUGGCGUAUUCGGCUUCUUGGCAGGAUUGCUAGGCUUUUAUACUACCGCACAUUAUUUAUGUCAAGAUGUCCUUCCAUUCAAUAUUCCAAUGGGGGAUACUUCCCGGGUAGUUAAGCGGUGGAAAAAAGCAAAGGAUAUGGAAUAA